CCAGCUCCCGGYACCGGGCUCGGGGCCCGCGCCCGGCCGGGUUGUUCCUUCCCACAGCGACUUUGUAAAGGGUGUUUUCGGCCGCCGCGCCCCUCUCCGAGCACUAGGACUAACCAUGAGGCGGUCAGCAGCUCCCAGUCAAGUGCUGGGAAGUGCAGCCAAAAGGCCCAGGUUUAUACCCCCAGGAAGGAGUAACACAGCUGGUCUCAAGAGCGAAACUGAGGAAUCRGGCCCAGAAAUGAAGUUAAAAGAGGAAGAUAGGAAACAAGGAAGUGCUCCAGGACAUGCAAGAACCCUUUCUAAAAUACAUUGCCACAAUCAAAAUGUAAAUGUCACACAGUCUGUGGAGUCAAACGUAGAAGUGAAGGCUACAAAACCCUCUAACGGACUCAGUAAACCUGGGAGGUUGGAGAUGAAAACAUUAAAUCCACGGAAAGCUGAUGCACUGUCCUUGCCGGCAUCAGGAAUGGCAGGAGAAGCAGGGGCUCAGGAAGAACCCGGCUGCCUUACCAAGUACUUCAGUGUGGUGUGGUGUAAGGCAUCAAACAAGAAGCACAAGAAGUGGGAAGGCGACGCUGUCCUUAUUACAAAAGGGAAGUCUGUCAUACUCAAAGAUAUGGAAGGCAAAGACAUUGGAAAAGGUACUGGAUAUAAAUCWAAAGAGCUGGAGGAUCUUGAUGAAGGUCAGACACUGAGGAUUGGAGGAAAAGAAAUUGAAGUGCUGGGUGUAAUUUCAGCAGAAGACUUCAACAGUGGCAGGUGUUUUCAGACUGCAAUACAGACUCAGAACACAGUUCCCACUGCUUUAUGCCAAGCUACCACAAAACCAUUCUGUAAUCCAUUCAAAAGCCUCUGUCAGCCCAGUACUAAAGAGAAUAUGCUCAAAGAUUCUCAAAGCUGCAAACCUCGCCAUGAUCCAAAUGCCUCAAAUUCUUUAGUUAUGCCAAGACCAAAUGCAAAUCAUCAGUGGAUGUUCAAUAAGGCUGGUUUGCCUCUGGUGGAUGUAGUUGUGGAUCCCUACAUCGUAAAUAAUCUCCGACCACAUCAGAAAGAAGGAAUUAUAUUUCUGUAUGAAUGUGUAAUGGGAAUGAGAGUUAGUGGCAGAUUUGGAGCUAUUCUUGCUGAUGAAAUGGGUUUAGGAAAAACAUUGCAGUGCAUUUCGCUUGUCUGGACCCUUCUACGUCAAGGAGUCUAUGGAUGCAAACCUAUAGUAAAGCGAGCACUAAUUGUCACCCCUGGGAGUCUGGUAAAAAACUGGAAAAAAGAAUUUCAGAAAUGGCUGGGAAGUGAAAGGAUCAAGGUCUUUACAGUUGAUCAGGAUCACAAAGUAGAAGAAUUCAUCAGUUCUCCACUUUAUUCAGUUAUGAUAAUCAGUUAUGAGAUGCUACUGCGCUCGUUGGAUCAAAUUCAGGCUACGGAAUUUAACCUCCUAAUCUGUGAUGAAGGACAUCGUCUGAAAAACAGCUCUAUUAAGACCACUACAGCCCUCACUAGCCUGUCUUGUGAGAGGCGAAUUAUCCUUACUGGUACUCCAAUACAAAAUGACUUGCAGGAAUUUUAUGCAUUAAUAGAGUUUGUAAAUCCAGGAAUACUGGGUUCUAUAUCCACAUAUAGAAAGAUAUAUGAGGAGCCUAUUGUCAGGUCCAGAGAACCAUCAGCCACAAAGGAAGAAAAGGAAUUGGGAGAAACAAGAGCAGCAGAACUCACACGCCUAACUGGCCUGUUUAUCCUUAGGAGAACGCAGGAGGUUAUCAACAAGUUUCURCCCCCGAAAAAGGAGAGCAUCCUCUUCUGCCGACCAACAGCGCUGCAGCUUGAACUGUAUCGAAAACUCCUUAAUUCUCGAGUUAUUAGGUCCUGUCUACAAGGCAGGCUAGAAAAUAGUCUUCAUCUAUUAUGUAUAGGAGCUCUGAAAAAAAUUUGCAAUCAUCCUUGUCUUCUCCUCAAAGCCAUAAAGGAGAAACAAUGUGAUUCUUCGUGUGAGGAACAUGAUGAAUCCAGCCUCUAUGAAGGUUUAACAGACACCUUCCCACAAGAUUUUACUCCUGACACUUUCUCUGAAACUUACUCAGGAAAACUGCAGGUGCUGGUGAAGCUCUUAGCAGCAAUCCAGGAACUCGGCUCUUCGGAAAGAGUUGUGCUGGUCUCCAAUUACACUCAGACACUGAAUAUAUUACAAGAGACCUGCAAACAUUAUGGAUACUCUUAUACCAGACUUGAUGGACACACUCCUGUCUCCCAGAGGCAACAGAUUGUUGAUAGUUUUAAUAGUAAAUUCAGCCCAGCAUUUGUCUUUCUGCUGAGUUCAAAGGCUGGUGGGGUAGGACUGAACCUAGUUGGAGCGUCUCAUUUGAUCCUGUAUGAUAUUGACUGGAAUCCAGCUACAGAUAUUCAGGCAAUGGCCAGAGUGUGGAGAGAUGGUCAGAAACACACUGUGUGCAUCUACAGACUGCUCACCACAGGCUCAAUAGAAGAGAAGAUUUAUCAAAGGCAGAUCAGCAAGCAAGACCUUUCUGGGGCUGUUGUAGACCUUUCCAAGACAWCUGAACACAUCCACUUUUCCAUUGAGGAGCUUAGGAAUCUCUUUACACUUCAUGAAGAUUCCAGCUGUGUUACCCAUGACUUGCUUGAGUGCAAUUGUAUGGGAAAGAAAGACCAUCAAAAUCCCUCCUCAGAAAAGCCUUCUGUGUUGAGAAGUUGCCAGCUUGGACAAARUCAUGGGAAGCCUAAUUCAAAGAAACCACUGUCCAUGUCACAGUUGAUGCAAUGGAAACAUUUCUCUGGGCAACAUCAGACGCUAGAGGAUCCUUUCCUUGAAAGGGUAAAAGAGAAUGUUUCCUUCAUUUUCCAGAAUGUWACUAGUCCAACUUCUGCUACCUAAUAAAACUUAAACUGCAGGGACAUUUGUGAAAUACACACAUUUUCAUCCUGCUCGUCCAAGAUAUAGUAAGCAAACAUUAUGCAAUUACCUUUUGUUCUUUUUGCCAAAUUCUCUUUUGUGUCUUUCUGAUGAGCUGUCUGUGCAAAUAUUACCCUGCUGUUUAUAUAGGGUACACCUAYACCUUAUUUGCAAGAACUGUAAUAUAAGUUUAUAAAUCUAACUUUCCUUCUUUCCUUUCAAUUUUUCUGUUACUGUGAUAUCAUAAUUAGUAAGAUUGUUUUGGUACAUAUUCACAUGUACAUUUCCUCUGUGUUUUUUUUUUCUAGUUUUCCCUUGGUUAUAAUGAUUUAUUACUUGUAAAUGUGAAGUUGGCAACUCUUCASCCAGACUUUAAAAGAUAGAUUAGACAAUACCGUAUGCAUAAGCAUACAUGCUGUUUACGGGAGUCUGAUUGGAGUUAUGUUUUUUCAACUAAGUUAUAGAUCUGCAGUUCUGAGACCACAGCUUAAUAUUAUGUCAAAAUCUUUAAGAAAUUCU